AUGAGAGAGCUCCCUCCGCCGCGUUUUGUCCUCUCCCUGAUCUUAGUGGGCCUCUCUAUCCAGCUGACAGCAGCAAACUCAACACUCUGGUUUAUCAAUGUUCUGUUUUCGCCAGUCGGUCCAGAAGAUGCAAACGUAUUGCAGAAAGAGCUCCCGCCUCUGAUCAUUGUGCCUGGACACACUGGGAAUCGCCUGGAGGCAAAGCUGAACAAACCAGACUUGGUCCACUGGCUGUGCAUGAAGCGCAGCCGACAUUACUUCAUGCUGUGGCUCAACCUCAACAUGUUCCUGCCCAUUGGAAUUGACUGCUGGAUAGAUAACAUGAGACGAGUCUAUAACCGGACAACAGGCAGAUCUUCCAAUGCACCUGGGGUAGAGACCCGAGUUCCUGGUUUUGGGAAGACCUGUUCAGUGGAAUAUCUGGAUUCACUGAAGCUAACAGGAUAUUUUCACACCUUAGUGCAGUUCUUGGUAAACAUGGGCUACACUCGUGAUGAGACUGUUCGAGCCGCUCCUUAUGACUGGAGAGUGGCGCCGUAUGAGCAAGAAGAGUAUUUUGACAAACUGAAGGAGCUGAUUGAGGAGAUGUACAUGACAUAUGGGAAGUCCGUUUACCUGCUGGGACACAGUAUGGGGAACCUCUACAUCUUCCACUUCCUGCAUCAACAGCCUCAAGCAUGGAAAGACAAGUUUGUCCAUUCGUUCAUAUCACUGGGGGCUCCAUGGGGUGGAACUGUGAAAUCUCUCGCCGUGCUUGCUUCAGGUGAUAAUUAUGGUCUCGCUCUUGAUCCCCUGAAGUUACGGCAACAGCAACGCACCACGACAACCAACCCGUGGCUGCUUCCCACCAGGCGAGCCUGGCCAGCUGACCACAUCUUUGUCUCCACUCCUACCUACAACUACACAUACAAUGACUACAGGAAGUUCUUCACCGACAUUGGAUAUGAAGAUGGCUGGUACAAAUGGCAAAAUGGAAAAGACCUUCUAUCUGACUUGCCUCCACCAGGGGUGGAUGUUUACUGUAUGUACGGAGUAGGAGUCCCAACACCUGUCACAUAUAUAUACGAUGAAAGCUUUCCUUCGAGCCAGCCUGUGCAGAUUGUCUACAGUGACGGAGACAAUACCAUUAGCAAGAAGAGCUUAUCUCUUUGCAGAGAGUGGAGAGACCAGCAAAAGCAGAAAGUUCAUGUUAUAGAAUUGCCUGGCAUGCGUCAUUUAGACCAGAUUUAUGAAAUUCAUGCAUUAGAAGCAAUUCAAAAUGUAUUGUUAGGAAAUUAUUCCCAGCAAGAAGAAGGUUCCAGGAGAUAGACAUGUUUUCUCUCAGAGAUAAAUUGGCCUGAUUCAGACACCUUCACCUUCAGACUGAAAGCAGCUGCCCUGAGAGCAUCCUUAAGAGCUUUUCACUGGAAUUUCAGCUACUUUUACCUUCAUCCUGAGUUAUUUCAGCACUGAGAUCUUGAAAUUAUUAAAGGUCAUGGUUGGUAUGAGCUACGCUUUUAUUUCAGAAGUGUAAACCUAGACAUAAGCCAGAGGUAUAGUGACAAAAAAUGUUUAAUAAAUUCAUUCUGCUUUUCUGGCUGAUACAUUUUUAACCUUUUCAAAAUAAAUUAAUGGCACCUCAAUAUUCCAGAGAAAUGUUGCAUUAAAAGAUUUAAAUUCUUUAAUAAUACCAGGAGUUUUAAUAUCAUGCCUCGUGAAGUUACUGUAUAAUUUAGAGAAUGACAAUUUGUGUAUGAUGACUGAUUAUACUUUUAAAGAAAUAGUGGAUUCCUAAUUGUAAGAAUCCAUUUACCUUUCCAACUGCAGUCUCUGCAUGCUGUGUAUAAAGACUGAUAGUUCUCUGAAUUAUCAAUCAAAACUAUUGAUCCAAAUACCAGUUGAUACACUUUGUAAAAAGCAUCCAAAGAUAGAGUCAGCUUGUGUCAAUCAACAAGUGCAGGGAGUUUGAGAAGUGUUAAAAUGUGUAACAUUGCUUGGAAUGAAACGGCACAGACUGUCAGUGGUGUCAGGGCCAGAUACAGGGACAUUGGUAAACUAAUUGCCAGUUAAUGUGGGACAUUGGGUGCCCCAGGUAACAAAAAAGCUUCAAGUUCAUUCCAGCUCAGUUCUUUUGAAAAUUAUGGGAUGUUACAGUUUGAAAUUCAGACUCAGAGGUCAGGAGAAAUAUUUCACUAUUACAUAGUUGUUCCAAAAGUCAACUAUGGAAUGCAAGUUCUUGAAGCACAAGCUGUAAAAUAAGUUUGUGUAUGUCCUAACAGUUAAACCCACCCACCCUAAGUUACCACAUAUGCUCAGAAAGGACAUUACAAUCGGGAUCCUCGGGAAGGAGGUUGACAUAAUAUUCAGAGUACAAGUAAUGCCAAUGACCAUAAGACCAAGGAGCAGAAGUUGGCCAUUCGGCCCAUCAAUUCUGCUCCGCCAUUUCAUCAUGAGCUGAUCCAAUCUCCCCUUUAGUCCCAUUCCUCUGCCUUCUCCCCAUAAUCUUUGAUGCCCUGACUACUCAGAUACCUAUCAAUCUCUGCCUUAAAUACACCCAAUGACUUGGCCUCCACUGCCGCCCGUGGCAACAAAUUCCAUAGAUGAGCACCCUGCAAUCCUCAAGUCAUGUCCUCUCGUACCAGACUCCCCCACCAUGGGAAACAACUUUGCCACAUCCACUCUGUCCAUGGCUUUCAACAUUCAAAAUGUUUCUAUGAGGUCCCCUCUCAUUCUUCUAAACUCCAAGGAGUACAGUCCAAGAGCGGUCAAACGUUCCUCAUAUGUUAACCCUCUCAUUCCCAGAAUCAUUCUAGUGAAUCUUCUCUGAACCCUCUCCAAUGUCAGCACAUCCUUUCUUAAAUAAGGAGCCCAAAACUGCACACAGUAUUCCAAGUGAGGUCUUACCAGUGCAUUAUACAGCCUCAACAUUACAUCCCUGCUCCUAUACUUUAUUCCUCUAGAAAUGAAUGCCAACAUUGCAUUCGCCUUCUUUACCACCGACUCAACCUGGAGGUUAAUCUUAAGGGUAUCCUGCACGAGGACUCCCAAGUCCCGUUGCAUCUCAGAACUUUGAAUUCUCUCCCCAUUUAAAUAAUAGUCUGCCUGUUUAUUUCUUUUACCAAACUGCAUGACCGUACACUUUCCAACAUUUGCCACUUCUUUGCCCAUUCCCCUAAUCUAUCCAAAUCUCUCUGCAGAUUCUCUGUUUCCUCAGCACUACCGGCCCCUCCACCUAUCUUCGUAUCAUCAGCAAACGUAGCCACAAAGCCAUCUAUUCCAUAAUCCAAAUCAUUGAUAUACAACGUAAAAAGAAGCGGCCCCAACACAGACCCCUGUGGAACACCACUGGUAACCGGCAGCCAACCAGAAUGGGAUCUCUUUAUUCCCACUCUGUUUCCUGCCAAUUAACCAACACUCUAUCCACGUAUGUAACUUUCCCAUAAUUCCAUGGGCUCUUAUCCUGUUUAGCAGCCUCAUGUAUGGCACCUUGUCAAAGGCCUUCUGAAAAUCCAAAUACACAACAUCCACUGCAUCUCCCUUGUCUAGCCUACUUGUAAUUUCCUCAAAAAAUUGCACUAGGUUUGUCAGGCAGGAUUUUCCUUUAAGGAAACCAUGCUGAGUUCUGCCUAUCUUGUCAUAUGCCUCCAGGUACUCCGUAACCUCAUCCUUGACAAUCGACUCCAACAACUUUCCAACCACCGAUGUCAAGCUAACAGGUCUAUAAUUUCCCUCUUGCUUUCUUGCCCCCUUCUUAAAUAGCGGAGUGACAUUUGCAAUCUUCCAGUCCUUCAGAACCAGGCCAGAAUGUAUCUACUUUUGAAAGAUCAUUGCUAAUGCCUCCACAAUCUCCACUGCUACCUCCUUCAGAACACGCGGGUGCAUUCCAUCUGGUCCAGGAGAUUUAUCUACCCUUAGACUAUUCAGCUUCCUGAGUACUUGUAAAAGGUGUAUUUAAAUAGCAUACAUCUCACCAGUGAAAAAUUACAAACUAAAGCAACUUAAAUAAUUAAGUAAUGAUUAAUAAUCAAGAAUUUGAUAUGGACAUUGACUCUGACAUCAUGGGGAGAUGUAUGGCUAGAAGGUGCUAUUAGUAAAAUCAUGUUGAAGUUAAGACAAAUUCCAGUGAAGAUACAUGAACAUUAGGACAAAUGGAAUGCGCAGUCCUGCUAAUGGGCAAAAGGCAAGGCCACAUCGGCUUGUGAAGCACAACAUCUGUGGUGGGUUCAGAGUGACAAAAUGUGUUGAGGAUGGAUUGGAAAAAAUAUACACUCUCAGUCACAUUAUUAGGUACAUCUAUCAGCCAACCAUGCAGCAGUACUCAGUGCUAAACAAACAUGUUUUAGAACAGAAAUGCAGAGGAAUUUUUUAACCAUGGAAUUCAAUGUCACCGAUGGCUGUGUGGGGGGCAAACUCAUUGGAUAUAUUUAAAGUGGAGACUGAUAAGUUCUUGAUUAUUAAGGAUAUCAAAGGCUAGGGGAAGGAUGAAGGAGAAUGGGGUUGAAAUUGAUAAUAAGUCAGCUGCGAUGGAGCAGGUGGAGCGACUCGAUGGGCCAAAUGUCCUAUCUUUCAUGGUCAUAUGAUCUUAUAUGACAUGUAAAAUCGG